ACCUGUUGUCAUCUCACGAUCCUCCAAUGUUGCGAUCCACCGAGCACAUUCCCGUAGUAGGAACACUUUUUGUGGCACGUUCUCUCCUGUCGUUGCCACUCCAACGUUAAGUAUUGACCACCGGCCGGCAUAUCUAAGCAACGUGUCCUGCCCAAGCUCACCUCAUCAUUUAUGGCUGUCGGAUUCUUUCAGUAUAAAUACUUCAGAUUUACAAAGACUCCUCUGCUUACAAACAUUCGACUUAAUAACUUUCAGAGAUACGAACAAACCGGUCCGUAUGUCCAGUUGCCUGUUCGGACCGAAAGUCGUAAGUUCAACCGCCGCGCAAUAGAUGGCGGUGGUGGCAUCUCUACAUCUGCAGAACGUGAAGAGUCAGUGGCAUCUACAGGAGAUCGUAUAUCUUUUAAAGCCAUUCCUCCGUGUUUAGUGUACAUGCCCAUGUACAAAAUGUCUGGAAUCGGCAGGAGUAAAGUUGGGACUUGCGAACAAAGCGACCUACGAACAGAGAGACCUCUGGAACCUAACUCGUUCGUAAGUCGAGGAGUUCCCUGUAUGUUCACAGUUUAAAGCGCUCCGGGGCUAGCGGGUGGGCGGGGCCCUAUAAGCACGUGCGCGUACUGUACGUACAGUGCGUUCACCCCCCCCAACAGCCACCACCCAAUGGCUUCGCCGCCGCUGCUGCUGCCGCGCGUUCUGAGCGCCGCGCUCGAGGCUCGGGGCUCGGAGCGAGUUGACGAGAAGGGGGGGAGCAGGGAGCGGAUAGACGCGGGGCGCGACGAGAGGGAGCCGGGCGGUCGGGGGAGCCCAGGGGAUGAGAGUGGGGAGCGAGCGAGGGAUGAGAGGGAGCGCGGCGAUCCGCAGCCGUCGCUUUCAAAGCUCGUCCGCCGGUGCUGGUCGCAGUGGAGCGAGCAGGACGAGGCGCUGCUGCGUCGCACGUGCGCGCCGCUCGCCGCCGCCAAGGACCCCGCGGGCGCCCUGCGCCACCGCCAGGAAGGAAACCGCUUCUUCCAACAGAAGCAGAAUGGCCGAGCUGCGGCCUGCUAUUCCAGGAGCAUCUGCCUGGCGACCCCGGGCAGCGAGGAGCAGGCCCUGGCAUUCGCCAACCGAUCGGCCGCCCUCUUUCACAUGCAGCAUCACCAGGCCUGUCUGGACGACAUCGACCGCGCGCUGGCGAACGGCUACCCCGCGCGCCUCACCCACAAGCUGCUGUCUCGCCGUGCGGACGCUCUAGCCGCGCUGGAGCAUGCGCGGCAGAACCCAGGCGACAAUCCCACUGCCGCCGUCGCCGCCAUGGGCAAUCCGGACGUCUCGGCCGCCGGGGGUUGUGGGCGUGACGAGACGCUCGCGGAGAACGGAGGACGCGCGGGGGAGCGAGUGUCUGUGGAGUUGCGCUGGAGCGAGCGCUCGGGGAGACAUUUGGUGGCGGCGCGCGACCUCCACCCUGGGGAGACGCUCCUCGUCGAGCCGGCGUUCGCCAGCGCCGUCGCCCCCGACGCCGACGCGGAUCGCGAGAGGGCCCUGUCCCCGGAGGAGCGCUGCUGCCACCACUGCCUGCGCGAGGCCGAGCCGGUGCUGCCGGUGCCGUGCCAGCGCUGCAGCUACGCACGGUUCUGCGGGGAGCCGUGCCGGGACGCGGCGGUGCGUAGCCGCCAUCACGGCAGCGUGGAGUGCGCCCUCGCGAGCCGUGGCCUCCUGCAGGGCCUGGGCCCCUUCGUACAGGCGAGCCUCAGGACUCUGCUCAUCGCCGGGCCGCGUGGCGUGGUGGCCGCCGUGAGCGGAGACGCCAGCGGGGGCGACGAGGAGAUCGCGCGGACUUGCGCCGACUUCCUGCGCGACGCGCCCAGUGGCGCCGGCAGCGACGCGGAGAAAGCUGGAACGCCGGGUGUGGAUAAAACUCCGACGGUAUCGGCGGCGGCGUCCGCGGUGAAGAUCGCCGGGUGCGGAGAGGACGCGGUUUAUCGCAGCGACUACCGAGCCGUCUACCACCUAGUGACUCACGCGGAUACGCGCGACACCGCGCACAUCCUUCCCCUUGCCUGGGCCGCGGCUGCCGUGUGCAGGCACCUCCACGAGCUGGGUUUCUCCUUUCUGAGCGGAGAGCCGGGCGGUACGGCGCCAUCACCGGAGUCGGGGCGGAGCGGCGCCGGGCGAGAGGAUGAGGGGGCGACGGGGGCCGGGGGUCACGUCGUAGCGCCGGCCGAGCUCCAGGGCGAGCUGCUGCUGGUGGGGACGCUGCUGCUGCGCCACCUGCUGCAGCUGUGGUGCAACGCGUACGCCGUGACCACGCUGAGCAGCGGCACAGCUUUCCCCGCGCCGGCGGCGGCGGUGGAGAGCAGCGAGCAUCGGCGCGUGGCGGUGGCGCUGUUCCCCGUGGCGAGCCUGCUCAACCACGCGUGCCGCCCCAACGUGAGCCUCGCGUUCCGCGGCGCCGUCCUCACCGUGCGGGCCGCCGCGCCGAUCCUCGCCGGCGAGCAGCUGCUCCACUGCUACGGGCCGCAGGCGGAGCGGAUGGAGGGGGCGGAGCGGCGGCGGCUGCUGCGCUCCGAGUACCGCUUCGAGUGCGCGUGUGCGGCGUGCGCGGAGGAGGAGGAGAGGGGGGGACCGCACCCCCACGACGCGUUCCUCUGCGAGAGCUGCGGCUCCUUCCUGAAGCGCGGGGGUGAGAGCACGCCCGUGGAUGAGAUGGAGUGCUCGUCCGUGCGCUGCGGGCGCCGCUUCUCGCGUGCGCCACUUCUGGCGUCGCACGCGGAGCUGCGAGCGCUGGUCGCUCGCGCUCGGAGCGCGUUCGAGGAGCACGGGAAACCCGAGGUCGCGUCCAAGGUGCUGGCCGAGUGCCUGCGCCGCGGCCGUAGCCUGCUGAACCCUCUCCACGCCACCCUGGGCGAGGCCUCGGACUGCCUCGCGCAGGUGCUCGCCGCACAAGGGCGGUGGGAGGAUGCGGCUCGUCACCUCCGCAGCAGCUUGGUGUCCGUGGAGGCGCGCUUUGGGCCCGGCAGCCCCGAGACGGCGUACGAGCUCUUCAAGCUCACGCAGCUCCUCUUCAACGGGCGCCGGGCGCGGGAGGCGUUGGAGGUGGAAGAGAGAGCGGCCGCCCUGCUCAGCCUCCACUUUGGCGAGGACCACCCCCCCGUGCAGGAGCUGCGUGACAUGCGCCGCUGCCUGCUCGCGUUCCUCUCCCGCCCCUCCGCGUCGUAGUGGGCUGCGGCGGGCUUCCGCGUUUGCCGUUUAUUCCCAACCGAGCUACGUUCCGAAUGCGCCGUCGGCAACGCGCCCACGGGACCGGGAUUUCUCCGUCCGCAGCUUGGCGGCGAGCGGUGGUGUCAGAGAAUUACUUCUGUAGUCGCUGCAGUAGACGGUGUGCAACUGCGGCUACCAGCUCCGAACCGCGGGGCUCAUAUCGUCACACCCCCCCAAAUAUUCACGUAGAUUGGCCGGGCGCUGGGUGGGUGUGACGCUUGCUCUGCCUAAGCCGUGCCAAAGACUCUUCAUCAACACGAAGGAGCAGUGCCUUGUAUGUGCCCUGCAGCGUUCAUCACGCACGUGGCAAUCACGCCUCUUCGUAUAAAUGGUAUAUAUAUAUGUAUGUCGAACUUCUGUUGCACCGUACGUAGCGAGUAUUGCUAAUCGGAGGUGCGUGGGAAGGACAACAAAACUAAACACAAAAAGCAGUUUUAAAGAAUUCGUUUGUCAACCUAGAUGAUGAUUUAAAAGUGCAUAGCUCCAGUGGCUUCCUAACAUGGGAAGGAAGAGCGUUCCAAUGCAGUAUAUACAAUAGCCUUGAGAGCUCCGUUGGGUGGAGGCCGCUCUACCAGCAGUGCCGUGAGCGAGCAGUUGCAGGGCCGCACCUUCACCUCUUGCGAUACAGAGAACGGGAUAUUUGCAGCUGUUGAUUUUCCCCUGGGGACGCAGGUCCUUCACUUGCUUUUGUGCGGCAUCUUAGGAUGCGGUUGUCAUCAGUUGCUCUCUAAAUCGCGAUUGCACUAUCGAGUUGUCAUGGCUCGCAAGUAAGGCAGCUCAAAUGGAAAACCGAAUUGGAUUAAAUGCGAUUUUUUUUUUUGUACAGUCCAUCGGCGGUGACCGCGCUCGUGGCCGCCAACUCCGCCGCACUUGAGCACCCCGGUUAAUCGCCGGCGGACGUGACCGGGAUUUUUUGACCCGGCAUCCCGAGAGGUGUCAGCACGGCGGCGUGACACUCGCCGUCGCUUCAACUCGGCUGUCGCUGUCGCCGGGGUCCAGGGGAGGAGCGUGGAGGGUGGGCGCGCAUGCCACCAGCGACGAGCCGCCGCGUGUGUUUAUCGCAAAGUCGCACCGUUCGCACCGCGCGUGGCGAUGUUACGCCCUGGCUGUGAGAAGCUUCCCCGCCGGGUGUCGGGCGGGACGCGGAGGAGGAGGAGGAGGGAGUCCCUAAAACCUCGGUGCCGCGCGGCUAACGCUGCGCGAACGCGGUCGGUUAUCGUCCGGCACGACGGCGGCGACGCGUCUCGGUCGAGGCUGUCAACAAAAUAAAAAUGUUAAAUAAUCAACGGCGGCACAAAGCCCUCGUGUGAGCCCCCGCACGUUAAGGGAACGCGCAGCGAGGCGCUGAUGAGCCUGGGAGCGAACGGUGCGCGAGGAUGUCAAGUCGGAAGGUUCAUUUCGCACGGUAGCAGACAUUUUCGAGCACUCCGAAUGGUUACGGCCGGAAUUUUCCAGCACGAUGUGCAUGAAAUUUGCAGGCAGUCGUGAUUCAUAUUCGGGGAGUCUCCCUGCAUUUUCCAGUUUUGUCACCGAACAGCCACAAACAGCCCCAAGUGUAGCUACCGCCACGGUCAAACGGGCACUCAAAUCGCAAUUGCAAAGUUGAAUGCUCAAAUGUCUUCUCAUAGUCUGGCUUGGUCAAUGAUCGUCGUCCUCUCUGCAGGGUUUAUAAAACUAGGACCACUGUGUGGGAUGGAAACAGUUGUCCUGGAGACAUCGGUUUCUUCCGUAAGAAUGUGGAGUUUCCACCACCAGCAUGCCAAUAUAAAAUGUGUUUUUCCCUUUGUUCACUUUCCCCAGGGAGACACUUUGGCCCUCUGGUAUUCGGGCUUGACCUGUCUGUAAAACAACAAAAACGCAACACAUUUGUCAAUAACACUGCCCCUCAAGAGUACACAAAUACACAGAAUAAGUGACGUUGUGGGCACUGGGGCCCUCCUCCAUUGCAAAGUGAUGAAGGGCCACGAUCGGAGUCCAUUGUCUGAAACGUCUUUUGUUUUUUUUUUGUACGCGUGCACCACUGCCAAUGUGCUCUUCAUCUUUUCAAAAUGUAGUCAAACACCGUGGCGUCACGCGUGGGUUUGCUCGCUCCCUUGUCUCCCCUUACCAAGCCCCCCGCCUCCUCCUCCUACCAUGCCACCCCCCCUCCCCCCAUCGCACCCUCCCACAUUCCCGUGCAGCUCCACCAGAGGUUCCCUGUGGGAGGCCGACACGUCUCGCGAUGGCCCGGGCGCCGAGGUGCGAACGCCGCAGCGCGGGACGGACGGUGCAGGGAGCGCUGCUCGGUUGACGCGCAUUAAG